AUGUCACUACAGAGCAACAGUGUGAAGCCUACGGAAAUUCCCCUGUCACAGAUCAGGCGCCCGCUGGCGCCCGUGCUGGAUCCACAGAAGAUCGACGCCAUGGUGGCCACUAUGAAGGGCGUCCCUACGGCCAGCAAGACGUGCUCCUUGGAGGAGGCGGCAGCCGCCGCCUCCUCCAAGGAGCUGCCGCCCGUGGACGUGCUGGGCGUGCGUGCUCACGACCAGACGCUAUACUACGCCUUUGGCGGCUGCCACCGUCUGCAGGCCUACGACCGCCGGGCCCGCGAGACUCAGAACGCCGCCUUCCCCGUGCGCUGCAGGGUGCUGCCGGCCACUCCCCGCCAGAUCCGCCUCUACCUGGGCAGCAGCCUCGACAUCGAGUAG